GUUCAAUUUAUAAGAAAGUUGGGCGCCACCAACCUCUCUCUACUCUACCAGAACCAUCAGUCUCUGUCUUUGCACACAUACCAGGUGAGUUGAUGUCGGUGCUGCUGCUCGCCAACGUCCGUGACCAGGAUGGCGAGCAGCGAGGACGAAUGCGAUCAGCGUGGCUGAUUCAUCCAAUUUUUUUUCCUCGUCUCUUUCACUCCACUUUUUUUUCCCACCCUUUUCUGGUUUGCCCUUUUUCUUUUCGCACUCUUCUCUCUUCGUCGUCGCUCACCUCUAUCGGGGCUUUGUGAUCUCGUCUACCAACCUUCGCCGCUCCUACAACGCAACGCACCGAUCAGCUAAAUCACAAAAAUGGGCUUCAAGGAAGGAGACGCUAAGAAGGGCGCUGGCCUCUUCAAGACCCGAUGCGCUCAGUGCCACACCACUGAGGCAGGCAAGAACCUCGUUGGUCCUUCGCUCCACGGUGUCUUCGGCAGGCAGUCGGGCCAGGUUGAGGGCUUCAGCUACACGGCGGCCAACAAGCAGAAGGGUGUGCACUGGGACGAGGAGACCCUCUUUGAGUACCUCGAGAACCCCAAGAAGUACAUUCCGGGCACUAAGAUGGCCUUCGCUGGUCUCAAGAAGGAGAAGGACCGCAACGACCUCAUUACCUGGCUCAAGGAGAACACCAAGUAAACGCUUGGUGCAAUCUUUGUAGAGAUGGAGAAGGGGUCGUGGGCUAACGAAGGACUGAGGCGGAAGGAAGUACGAUGAUAUUUUUAUAGAUUGGUUCUUUUUCCUCCAGUUCUCUUUUCUGGCCGCCGCCUCCUUCGCCUCGUCUCGAAAGAGGUGUUGGUCGCGCUCCUCCUCUCUGCCCUUUCCUCUGUCGUCUAAUAGGUCGUUCCACCCUCGUAUCCAUCCUCUUGGCCCUGUUCACACUUGGCUUGUAAUCCAAAAGCUCUUGGCAUUAUCAUAUCACCGCUCUUUUACACUG